GGGGUGCUGGGCUACGAGUUCAACGGCUCCGUGGCCAAGCCAGGGGCCCGGGCCGCCCGGAAGAGGAAGCCUUCCCCCGAGCCGGAGGGCGAGGCUGGACCCCCGAAGAUCAACGGGGAGGUGCAGCCCUGGCUGCCCACCUCGUCGGAAGGGAUGAAGCUGCCGCUGACGGCCACCCCCUUCAUGUCGCCCCCGCCGCCCACCGCCUCGCCCCACUCCAACCGGACCACGCCGCCCGAGGCGGCACAGAACGGCCAGUCCCCCAUGGCCGCCCUCAUUCUGGUGGCGGACAAUGCCGGGGGCAACCACGCCUCCAAAGACGCCAACCAGGUCCACUCCACCACGCGGAGGAACAGCAGCAGCCCCCCCUCGCCCUCCGCCAUGAACCAAAGAAGGCUGGGCGCCGGCAGGGAGGUGCCGGGCCAGGGGGCCAACGCGGCGGCGGCGGGCGGGCUGGAGCCCGUGCACCCCGCCAGCCUGCCGGACUCGUCCCUCGCCGCCAGCGUCCCGUUGUGUUGUACCCUCUGCCACGAGCGCCUGGAGGACACCCACUUCGUGCAGUGCCCCUCCGUCCCCUCGCACAAGUUCUGCUUCCCCUGCUCCCGGCAGAGCAUCAAGCAGCAGGGAGCCAGCGGGGAGGUGUAUUGCCCCAGCGGGGAGAAGUGUCCCCUGGUGGGCUCCAACGUCCCCUGGGCCUUCAUGCAAGGGGAGAUCGCCACCAUCCUGGCCGGAGAUGUGAAAGUGAAAAAGGAGAGGGACUCGUGACUCGCCUGUGCUCGCCGCCCGACGUCACCUUGAACUCGAACUGCUCGAAUUCUGUAUAUAUCUAUAAAUAUAUAUAUAUAAAUAUAUAUAUAUAUCUCCAAGACAAGGGAAAUGUAGACUUCAUAAACAUGGCUGUAUAAUUUUGAUUUUUUUGAAUACAUUGUGUUUCUAUAUUUUUUGAAGACAAAAGGUAUGUACUUAUUAUAAAGGCAUUUCUUCUAAUUCUUCUCUUUUUUUUCUGUUUCGUUUUUUCUUUUUUUUUUUCCCUUUUGUUAUAGCAACUAUUUGUUGUGCUUCCCUGGUGACAGUUACUGUUCAAUGUAGGCUGUGACUUGCGCUGCUUUUUUUAGAGAGCACUUGGCAAACCAGAAAUGCUUCUAGCUGUAUUUGUAUGCACUUGUUUCUUCUGUUUUUUCUUUUCUUUUCCUUUUUUUUUUUUUUUUUUAAAUGCCAAAUACACUUUCUGACGUUGUAAAGAUUGCCUUACUGUCUGUGAUUCCUUAUUCCUGGCCCCUGUCCUGUAGGGCUGGUCGCAUGCAGGCUUGGUCUGAGGCAGCUGGGGACAAGAGUGGCUGGCCAAGGCAGGCGUGCCCUUUGCCAUGCCGCUGGCCAGGCGAGCUUAGGGAGCAGGAGGGCUUUCUCCCAGGAACGCGUGCCUCGGGUCGUGAUGGAAGAUCCUCCAGAUCCAGUCCCAAAUUGCUCACUGUUUCUCAAGGGAAGUUGCCACCAGAGUAGGAUGUGGAGAGGUGUCCAAGAGGCGCUGUUGAGUUAGGGAUUUCUGGGUUUGUUUGUUUUUGGUUUGGUGUUUUGGUUUUUGGUUUUUUUUUUUUGGUUUUUUUUUUAAGGCAAAGUUGACCGCAGUUCUCGUGAUCAGUUGUAAGAUUACAAAACUGCAUUUAUUCACCAAUUGCAUACCACAACGUGGAAUUUUGAUAACGAACUUAGUUACAUGAUUGGCGAAGGUGCCAAUGUAGCACUGCCAUUUCUGAAGGUCUUCAGUGUCACUUGUGGGGCUUUUGUGUCUUUGGACAAAGCUGGGGAUAUGGGGAAGAGACUUUAUUUUAUUUUACUUUAAUUUUCAGAUAGUGCAUAUGGAUUUUGAUUUUGCUUACCGGUCACCUCUAGUGCUGUUGCUAUUGUUACUAUCGCUGACCCGGUGUUUCCAAGUAGUGGCAGGUACGGUGUGGUACAGUGACAGCAGUGACUGAGGCUCUGCCAAAUCGCCCGCGGGCAUAUCAGUGACAGCCCAAAUGUGGGUGGAGGAAACCUGUAAUUUCCUUAUUACGUAUGCUUGAAACAAACCUACUGCUAUUCUUUGAAAAUGAAAAUAUAAACUGGUUGAAAUGAAAGCAAUUAGGGCUGCACAUAAUGGCCCUGGCCCUGCCUUUUAAGCUACUUUGGAGAACUCUUUUGUAAAGCCACUUCUUUUGAUCACGCUUCUGCAUCACCAAGCAGACUUCUAAAAUCAAUAAAUCAUUGGUUACUAGAAAUAGUUCCAGUCUUAUAGUGAUGUUUUUGUGCUGUUUAUAGUUCAUUGGCAACACUGCAGCUGUGCGAGCCCUUCUGUCGAGGUGUUUAUAACUCGGUUAUAGGCGGUUGUUUCUGAGCAGAAGGGUGGCGAGGUCGUCCCUUCCCAGGGACCAGCUAAUAAACACUUCCAGUAUCAGAAGAGGAGGAGGAAAAAUCUGUUCAGCCAACUAUAAAAUUGAAGAUUUUUGGGUGCUUUUUAGUCAACUGUUCUUAUUGUGAUAAUGUUCAAACUGCAAUUUAAUGCAGAGUAGUUUUGGGUUUUUUUUUGAAGACUACUUUUUUUUUUUAAAAAAAAAAAGAAAUGGUCAUUAUUAGUAUUUGAAGAUCAGAACUGCACAUGCACAGUAAUUUUCUAUGAAGUGUUUCAUGAGCACACCCACUACAUUGUGUUCCAUAUUACAGGUCAAUGUAUAAAAGAUAAGACUUGCAUGAUAAACAAAUUCAUUGAGUCAAUAUUACGCUUUAAAACUUAUAGUCAAGAUUGGUGUCUUAUGUAAAC